AUGGAAGCCGUUUCGAAUAGCGCGUGGCCUGCCACGUUGCAGGAGCUGCAAGAGCCACCAGUCGUUCAGAGCAAGCAGCAGGGUCAAGCAUCACCAAUUAGCCGCAUUCGGCAUGAAAUCCUUAACGGAGCCAUACCUCAUGCGAAAGUGAGCAGUGCAAGCUCAUGGCGCAGCAUCUCCUGGAAACUACUCCUAGGAAUUGAAUCCCUCCCUGCAAAGAAGUACCUCGACCUCGUCGCUCAAGGCCCUUCGGUAGCGCACGAGAAAAUCCGCAAUGACACUUUUCGGACGCUGACGACGGACCAAGGCUUCAAAGAGAGUGUGCAUGAGGACCAGCUGAUUCGGGUGCUGGAUGCCUUCGUGUGGAGCCAUACCGGUGAGGACGAGGACGUCAUCAUGGCUGAUGCUAUGGACGGAUAUGAGUUCACCUACGUCCAAGGGAUGAACGUACUCGCUGCGCCAUUCCUCUUCACUAUGCCCACCGAGCUUGAAGCAUACUAUUGCUUGAAACGCUUUAUCGAAGUCUGUUGUCCUCUUUAUGUUCAGCCAACUCUCGUUGGCGUUCACAAAGGCUUGCAGCUGCUUGACCAAUGCCUUGAGGCAAUUGACUUGGAACUCUACACAUAUCUGCGGUCCAAGAACCUUUCCGCAGAGCUGUAUGCCUUUCCAUCUGUCCUGACGCUAUGUGCUUGUACACCGCCGCUGGACCAAGUUCUUCAUCUCUGGGACUUCCUCCUUGCUUUCGGCGUGCACAUGAACAUCCUUUGCGUACUGGCACAGCUGCUCAUCAUGCGCGACGAGCUUCUCGCGGAAGCGAGCCCUAUGAAAAUGCUGCGCACCCUGCCACCGUUCAACGCGCGCAGGAUUAUCUCGAUCGCCGUCGAUCUUGCGGGGAAACUUAGCCCAGCGCUGCAGAGUGCACUCGUCGCGCACACCUACGAUGCUAGCGCUGUAGAGGAGUGA